GGCCUCCACCAUGGCGAGUAGCAGCGGUGCCGGGGCGGCGGCGGCGGCGAAUCUGAACGCGGUGAGGGAGACCAUGGAUGUUCUGUUGGAAAUUUCAAGAAUUUUGAAUACUGGCUUAGAUAUGGAAACUCUGUCUAUUUGUGUACGUCUUUGUGAACAAGGAAUUAACCCAGAAGCUUUAUCGUCGGUUAUUAAGGAACUUCGCAAGGCCACUGAAGCACUAAAGGCUGCUGAAAAUGCGACAAGCUGACUUUCUGGAGAAAUCCUGAUGAGAUAUGUCAGGCUCUUCAAGAGGAUUUGAAGAUUGCAUUGUAGUCAAGAAUGUACAAUGAAAUUACUGCAUGCAGCAGUGUAGAAACAUUUUCCUUUUUAAAAGAAUUCUAAAACCAUAGCUUUAUAAAUCAGUGGAAAAUGGCUUACAGAGAGAACUAUCAGAUGUGUUUACAUCACAUCUUACUUUUUUUUAACAGCUCUAAUGCUGGUUCAUAUUUAUGUAUUCCUUAUUUAUAGCUCUGAUAGCUUUAAUUUUCUAAGCAGUCUGUCUAUCAGAUGUGCACAUCUGCUGUGCCUGGUUGAAGUAUAGUGGAGCCCAUCAGAAGUAAUGUAGUAGUUAUGACUUGUUGACAUUUCCAUUAUAAAAUUUAAUUUUGAAUUGUUUAUGCAAAAUAACCGUGGAUUCAUGUUGUAUUGGGUUAAAAGUUGACAGAAUUUCAGCCACCUUAUUUAUGGAUUUGAUUUAGACUUAGGUAUAUCAGAAUCUUUCUUAUAAGAGCAUGGAAAUCAUUGUUUUCAUCUGCUCUUUAACAAAGAAUAUUUAGUUUUUUAAACAGAAGUUUUUCUGGCAGUUAAUAGUAUGAACCAGAUUGUUUUUGUAUUGACUGAAAGAUAAAACUUAGAAACUUAGAUUUUAAAAGUAAUGACAGUGCUUAGUUUUAUUUGUCAUUUGGAUUAUUUACAUUUAAUGAGAAUAUUAAUUGACAAUAUUUUUUUCUAAGUUUUAUACUCUAAACAUGAUGGCCUAGAAAAAUAAAGCGUAGUGAAACAUUUCCAACAGGCAAAAUUCUUUAAUUUUAUUACAGAACAAAAAUUUGAGUGGUUAUCUAAUAAAUCACUAAAGAGGAAGUAUCUUUCAACAAAUAUGAUAUUUUCUGAAGGAAUACAUAUUUGCAGUCAUUAAACAAAAAGUAAAUAAUCAAAUGUUCUAUAUCAGGAAUUGUAAGUAUCAACUUUCUAAGGUCACUUUUUUGUGUCAUUAUUUUUUCCCUGAAAGUUUUAAUGAAUCAAAGUGAUGGUUCAAAAUAAAUUUUGGGAAAUUUACAAUAGUGUUAAUUCUGCUCCUGUAACAGAAUCUCAAUGGGAUAUUUUCCCCAAGACUAAUAUUUUAAUCUGAUCUUCUUUUAGGUUUUGUUAGCAUUCUUUUAAAUGAUAGUACAAGCAUUUACUCUAGCAGCUUUUUUCUUCAGACAAAGUAAGGCUUAGUAGUAUCUAAGUGGCAACCUCUGUACUGUUGUAAAAAUCUCAUCUUUUAAUUAUUUUGACUUUGUAAGUGGAUAACCUCUUUACCAAGGGCACUGGAAGGUCUAUUGGCAGAACCUGGUUGGGAGACAAUAACGACUUGUGAUGCUAAAUCAUUUAUUUGUUAAUAAACACUGCAUAUAUUGCAUGUUGUUACUUACAAAAUCAUAAAGAGAACACAUUUGUCAGGCUCCAAAAUUUGUAUAUACACUUAGGCCACAAGAGUUAAUAGUUUUAUUUAUGAUUUUGUAGAUUAAGUUAUUUAUGUAUGAAACAAAGCAGGAAAAUAUAUUGAGUAUGUUUACAAAGAACUUUAAUGUGUUACACUUAAAUGUAAACAUAUAUUUUUAAUGCAUACUUAAGUACUAUUUAACAAAAUCAAAACAAAUUAUAAUGAUACAAUUGGCAGUGUUAUACAUGUUGUCAGUGACAAAAAUAAAACCAUUUUGGUGGUAUUGGCAUGU